GUUUGAAACAACACUGCUGUCCAAGGUCAACUCAGGUUGCUAAUGCAAGGCUGGAACAAUGUUUGCCAGCACGUUCUUUAAAUCAAGACUUAGAAUUUCUUCGCGCCACCUGAUGGAUGAAAGUGUUAUAUGGGAUAACCUCCCAAACAACAAUCAUAGCAUAAUUUGAGCUCCAAGAAAUCAAAUAAAGAAAUGCACAUGGUUUUCAGUGGAAAUUUAAGUCAAAGGUUGUUUUUUGCGACCGUUGCAAUCAUCUCUUUCACUGGAAAUGUCUUCUUUAUUGCGAUUAUCAUACGCAAUAGAAAACUACUGAGAAAAGCUUAUCACAAAAUAAUACUGAGCUUGGCUAUCACCGAUAUGAUGACAGGAAUUUUUCUUGUCUUAACACCAGAAUAUAUAAUUGGUCAAAAACCAGCUUUGUCAAGGAAGAAUGUUGGCUCUGCGAUGUUUUGCUACGUCAUAGGAAAUCAAUAUCUUGUAUUUACUUUCGGAAUCGUUUCCUUGUAUACGGUUACGUUACUCGCAGUGGAGCGCUGGUUUGCUGUAUUUCGACCCUUCGAACAUCGAACAACUUUUAGAAUUCACAAAGUACAACAGUAUCUGAUUAUUAUUUGGAUUGCUUCCUUUGCUGCUAACAGCACUCACAUCAUAGAGACCAAGUAUUUUCUUGACAAUGUCAAUAUAACUGAACGCUGCGUGUUCCAAGGAGUAGCCAGCAGAGAGGUUAGAGUUAUCAUAGGAGUUGCAGAGAUUUUUUUAAAAUUUCUAAUACCAGUUUUAGUCUUGCUGGUGUCUUUCAUUCACCUUUAUCGUUUCAUGAAAGAUUCACAUGUUACAGCAAUAACUCGUCCAAGCAAUUACAUUGCUCUUACACGAGUCACACUCAUGGCUGCCGUAACAUCGUUAGUGAUGGUGCUGUGUUGGUUCCCCAAUCAACUUGUUUACUUACUAUUCAAGCUUGAAGUUGUGCAACUGAAUACCCCAUUGCACAAAGCAACAGUUAUUGUUUGCAUGUUCAACUCAUGUUUGAACCCUUGCAUAUUUCUGUUAAGUAACAAAUUAUACAGAAAAAAGGCAAAAGAACUACUUCCCAGGUGCAGAGGAUCUGUAAAGGACUUCGACUUAUCAUCGACAGAAUCAAAGAAGGUGGUUCAGUCUGUUGUAUCCCUCAAGUUUCUCAGGGGAAAUUUCCUGUAAGAGUAGAACAUGGAGAUAUUUGAUACUUUGUUAGGCGUAAACAUUCGUAGACCGAUAGGAUUCCUUGCGUUACAGCGUUGAAGCCUUUGCGGCAUAGAGGGCUAUAAACCUAGAGACUCGCUAUUAACUUUUAUACAUUGAAUGACGAUGCGUGUCCUUCUCACGGAUUAUGACGGAAACUACAAACAAAAGUGUAAACGCGUAAUGAGCUUUAUCAGUAAUAUGAUAUACAUAAAAUUUCAGCAGCCUGGCACUUAAAAAAUUAAAAAUCAUCAUUUAAAGAUGGUCUUACUGUAAGCGUUUAGACUUCCAUUUUGAUCUUUAGCUGUCGUUGGAGAUUCAGUCUUGACAAAAAAUAUGAGCAAUAGCCUGUUAGAUCAUUAGAACCUAAAUGUGUACAUUUGUAACUGUGCAUACAAAAUCAAAAUUGUUGUUCUUAGGGCCGUAGUUGAAAAUAACAAAUCUUUAUGUGGAUUUAAGUUGUAAA